CCUCCGCCACGUGGUAGUUCCCGCGGCCGCCGCCAGAGGUCUUCGAGGAGGCCGAACGUAAACACGCGGUGCGCAGUUCCCUUUCCCAAGGACCAAAGUGCAAUUUUACUUCUUAGCUAAGGAAAUACAGACACUGCCAACAUGGGGGUUCGCCAGAGGAAGAAAAUGCGGAAGCAGUUCAGAUAUGAAACCAAUCGUAAACGCGAUUUCAACAAAGGGAAAAAGACCAAAAUAGAUAUUGAGGUGAUUAGGAAGGUUUGGGACAAAUCAAAAUCAACGCACACAAACAUGGCACAGUUGGGGUUGGAAUACAAGCUCAACAAAAUAAUGCCACCAAAUGAAAUGGAAACAGAUGUACAGAAGAAGGACAUUGUGGAUAAAGGAAAACAGAAAGCUGUGGUGGAAACCUUGGAGGGCCAAGUGAAGAAUCAGGUAGCCAAGACGAAGGUACCUCCCCGACUCACACACUCACAGCGUAGCUACAUUAGAUACAUGAUGCAAAGACAUGGAACUAACUACUAUGCUAUGUCAAAAGAUCCCAAGAAUUACUAUCAAGAUACCCCAAAGCAACUGGAAGCAAAGAUCAAAUCCUAUGUGGACAAUCCUAGAUAUUACAUUCCAGAAAUGAGGAAGAAAGGCUUGCUUCCAGCUAAAUUGGCAGAGAAGAAAAAGAAGGUCCAGGACAAGAAGAAGAAGGCACAAAAGAAAAAAUUCAAUUCAAAGAAGAAGAAGUCAUAAAUAGACUUUUGUGUGUGUGAAUGUGUGUAUGAAUAGUGUAUGUGUAUGGUAUAGGUAUAAAAAUUGUCAAUUUACUCUGCUAUUCUUGUGUUUUUUUGAAUGGCGACCAAAAAACGGUCAAAUGUCAGUUUUUUUUUGUUCUGUUUUUUUGUUAAAUGGUUAACCAAAAUAGAUGUUUUAUGCUUUAUUCUUUAUUAUAUAAUAAAUUUGGUAAGUUGA